CUUUGCUGCGUGAACGUGGCGUCGAGGUGGAUUAAAUCCUAAAACGGCCUGCCUUACCUCGGGUCUGGUCCUCCUCUGCAGGCCUUACCGCUCUCUGCUGCAGAGAAGGGGCUUCGUGACGUCACUGGCGGCUCCAGCGGCUCGUUGGUUGGAGCAGGGGGGGAGAAAAAUGGGGAGAAGAUUGUGAGGUGAGUAGGAUGCAUGUUUUCCUUCUCCUUGCUAAAACCUCGCUGCCUCCUCCAUCGUUGACACCGGGUGCGGGUUUGGUAGCCGUCGGCCCCCUUCACGCCGCCGCUGCCUCUGUGCAAGGCUUUGAUUUGCGGCGUCCUGUCCAGCGAUGAUCCAAAGCCGCUGCGAGGACCGGGGAGAGGAUCAGGGACACGCCAGGACCUCGCCCCUCCCUGUGCAGUCAUGUGACUGACCUGGCUCUUCCAUGUUAAGGUGGGAUCAAUCUGUCGUCCUCAUGCUGACUAAUCCAGGCUGCCCCGUUCUCACCGUGAGAGGUAUGACCUCCGUGCCCUCAUCCUGGCGCUGCCAUCGUGCCGCAUGAGCGCCCCCCUCCCCUCCCGCAGUUACUGCACGGAAUGGCCUCUCUGGACCUGCCAUACCGCUGUCCUCGCUGCGGGGAGCACAAGCGCUUCCGAAGCCUUUCGUCGCUACGAGCCCACCUGGAGUACAACCACACCUACGAGACCCUUUAUGUCCUCUCCAAGUCCAACAGUGUGUGUGACGCCGCUGCUCUGCUGCCCCUAGUGGCCGAGGGCGCUCUCCUCACGCCAGCCAACAACAACGACCCGUUCGAACCGCUCCGGCCUUCAGCUCUAAAGGAGCGGCACUUCCCGUGCAGGGAGCUGCCCUGUGCGGACGACCUCAGCCUGACCCCGGCUAACUCCAACUCUGCAGCCAGGUACAUUCCCAAUGUGGAGUUCCCCCUGGGGGAGAUUUUUAUGAAGAAAGCGAUGACAUCCACAGAUCCGGGCACCCAUGGAAACCCCAGCACCGCCGUGGCCGUGGCUGCAAAUGUGGCGGCUAGUGCGGUGGAGGCGGCGUAUGAGGAGGGCCUGGCCAGGCUAAAGGCGCGGGCGUUCGAGCGGCUGGAGCUGGACGAGAGGCUGGAGAAGCUGUCGGAGGAGGUGGAGCAGAAAAUAGCGGCCCGUGUGGGCCGUCUCCAGGCGGAGCUGGAGAGGAAGAGCUCUGAGCUGGAGCGCGCCAAGCAAGAGAGCGAGCGGCUAAGCCAGGAGAAGCAGGACCUGGAGGACAAGGCCUCCGAGCUGUCUCGACAGGUGGACGUCUCCGUGGAAAUGCUGGCCAACCUCAAGCAGGACCUGGUGAACAAGGAGGCGGAGCUAAACCACAAACAGCAGGAAGUUGCCCAGAUUGACCAGUUCCUUCAGGAGACGGCAGCGCGGGAAGCCAACGCCAAGGUGCGCCUUCAGCAGUUCAUCGAGGAGCUCCUGGACCGAGCCGACCGUGCCGAGAAACAGCUGCAGAUCAUCAGCAGCUGCGGCACCACGCCGAAUGGCAGCCUGGGACGCUGCAGCCUGCAGGCCUCCAAGGGCACCGGGCGCCAGAGAAAUUCCAGCCUCUCGGGAAGCACAAGAGGAAUGUACCAAGUGUCAGAGAGACACUCCUCUCCCAGCACAGGAGCAUCAGGAAGGAUAAAGUCCGUCUCGCAGGGUUCUGGAGGCUACGGCAGCGACGGGGUCGAGAUGCAUCCCAUGGAGGAUUGUCCCGAGGCGCAAUACUAUCAGAUGCAGUGCCGGAUGGGCGAGGGCGGCUACGAACGCUCCCCGGGAUGCGGGUCUAGAAACUGGGGUCUGCGCAAACAGGCCAUUCAGAACUGGCAGCGGCGACCGUACAGGAACAGCACCGAAGGCGAGGAGGGGGACGUGUCGGACGUGGGCUCCCGGACGACAGAGUCCGAAGUGGAGAUGUGGGAGCAGGACAGGAGAGCUGUGGCUGAGGUGCAGCAGUCUGCAGUACCCUAUCCUCAUCACAGCAGGGCAGCAUAUCGCCCCAACACAGGUCGGUCGGAGGUGGUCUACAGCAAGCCCUGCCGCCACGAAAAGAGCCCGUCCAAAUCCAACGAGGUCAUCAGUCCGGAGAUCCUGAAGAUGCGCGCGGCCCUCUUCUGCAUCUUCACCUACCUGGACACUAAAACCCUGCUGAGAACCGCCGAGGUGUGCCGCAACUGGAGGUUCGUGGCUCGCCACCCGGCCGUGUGGACCAGGGUGCUGCUGGAGAACGCCCGCGUCUCCUCCAAGUUUCUGACCACGUUGUCCCAGUGGUGCACGCAGACGCACUCCCUCAUUCUGCAAAACCUCAAACCGAGGCAGCGCGGCAAGAAGGAAUCCAAGGAGGACUACCUGAAAAGCACACGUGGCUGUCUUGAGGAAGGCUUGGAGGCGUUGUUAAAGGCCACAGGAAGUAACCUGCUGAUCCUAAAGAUUUCACACUGUCCCAACCUGCUGACGGAUCGCUCCCUAUGGCUGGCCAGCUGCUACUGCCGCGCCCUGCAGGCCGUGACCUACAGGAGCGCCACAGAUCCAGUUGGCCAGGAAGUGAUCUGGGCCCUUGGCGCAGGCUGUAGAGACAUUAUUUCCCUGCAGGUGGCGCCCCUGCAUCCAUGUCAGCAACCUGCACGUUUCAGUAACCGAUGUCUGCAGACCAUUGGAAGAUGCUGGCCACAUCUCCGGGCUCUUGGUGUGGGUGGAGCUGGAUGUGGCAUUCAGGGACUUGCCUCAUUGGCGAGGAACUGCAUGCGCCUCCAGGUGUUGGAGUUGGACCAUGUGAGCGAAAUCAACCAGGAGGUGGCAGCAGAGGUUUGCAGAGAGGGUCUGAAGGGUCUGGAGAUGCUGGUGCUCUCAUCCACACCAGUCACCCCUAAAGCCUUGCUCCACUUCAACAGUGUUUGCCGCAACCUGAAGUCCAUCGUGGUUCAGAUCGGUAUCGACGACUACUUUGAGGACCCCAACAGCCCAGAAGCCAGAAAGCUGUUUGAUGAAAUGGUCAACAAGCUGCAGGCUCUGAAGAAGAGACCUGGUUUCUCCAAAAUCCUCCACGUGAAAGCAGACAGCCUCUGCUAACAUCCUUUGUGCAGCUUGCUGACGAGCGCGGCCGUGGCAUGAGUUGAUCCGCGGGGACGCAGGUAGACUGAGCCCACCUCCUGGGGGUUGAACGCAUUUGCAGCACAAGAAACCGACACGAGCUAGACUAAAUUGACGAACCGAGACCGAGGAUCACCAAGCAUAUUCGACUAGAUAACAAUCAGAAACAAAACAGCAGCUGAUGUGAUAAAAAAAAAAAAAAAAAAUGGGCUAAAUGUUCGGCGAGCUUCAGUGGCAGUGGCUGUUCGACGAAGAACCCGUUUAGACUUCUUUGACCCCAAGAGACACAGCAGUAAUUCGAACCCGUCUCUCGUGCACAUCCUCUCCAAGCGUACACUUUCUCAUCCAGCAGAGCCGAGUCCGGUGGCGGAGCCGCUCCGAGCCUCACAUGCUGCAUUUUUACUUUCUGCGUUCGCAUCACGCUUGAUGCAGACUAGCCUCAAUGCCAACCGCGGGUACAGGAUGCGUGUGUACUUUUUCGACAGGCGUACAGGAAGCGCCUGUUUGCUCAAGAGGUGGAGGCUUUUCUUAAAUGGUCGUAACUGGAGCUUUGUGCUUGGCCGGGAUGAUGGAGAGACGAACGCGUAUCCCGCCCUGUCCCUGAAACUUGCCAAAUGCCAGUUUGUGUACACGUACUGCUUCCAGGCACUGAAGAGGGGGGGGCCACUGCCCUGUAACCCACAGACACUCUGGUAUCUUCACAAUGCAUGGCAGCGCUGGGUUUUGCCUCCAGUACCAUCCCCUGCUUCCUUGUAAGCGCGUACCCCUGUCAACCGAUCUGGAUCCGACGUUUUUUGAUAUCUGUCGCAGUCUCUGGACCUGUUUGCAUCACGAGGACAGGAUGGAGCAUCCUGAGUCGCCGGUGCCAUUUGUACGACGUUCACCGUCAUUCCAGUGAGAGUUUCCUUCUCCGUUGUGCCAAUCAGACAAGGAAGAGGGACCGGGCAAGUCGCCCACAUAAAUCACCGCUGGACCCGAGUUCGCCGUGAGCAGAAUGCGGCUCCAACUGAAUAUAAAGUGUUGUGUUUCCUAUAAAUCAAAAUUAUCCAGGUGUGUACAGGUGUUGUAGUGUUUGCAUUCAUACUGAACAGUGCCAUUUACAUCACAGGGGCUAUUCUCUUAAUUUAUGCUCAUUGGCUGACAUCGUCUCGCCCUGUUUUGAUGUUUUCUUUCACCCAGCAUCACAGCGGGGGUGAAGGGGGCGGACCCCUACACCUGAGGGGAUUGUGGGGGGGGGAGCGUUUCCCUUCAGAUUCAGACGCAGCAGGUCAGGUCUCCAGCCUUCCCUCUGCUCUGAAUGGGGAACCUGAUGUGGCUGAAAUUUCAACAAACUACGAUUAGCAGUACCCUUUAGGUUGAAGACAGCACUGUUGGGUUCCUUCUCUGGUUCUAGUGCUGCUUUACUAUGGUGGAGAACAAAUCAAGCUGUUCAUCCGAUGGCCCCCUCUUGAACUAGAGGUUCUGAGUGUUUAUAGGUGUGUGUUUACUAGGCCUUAAAAAAAAAAGAAGAGGUGAAUACUUUUUUUUAUUAUUAUUUGGCAGAAUGUAAUCCCUACUUUGGACCAAAAAGUUUUGCAUUCCGAUGCACUGUUUUUCGUCGAUAACGUGCAAUAUUUUAUUAUUCACUAAAAAUGCACAAAAUCUGAUAGCAGAUUAAAAAUAAAUUAGUCUACAGGCAAAACAUGGCGGUGCUUGCUUUUCCUGUGCUGGAGGUUGCUUACAGGGUUCCUACACAGUCUCCACAGGUAUGGAGUUUGCUAUUAGUGUUCUGAAAGUCUUGAUUAGUAUGGAGAAACUAGUAUUAGGCGUGGGAAAGUACUUGUGCCGCUAUAAACAUUAUGUCCUUAUUUAUGAACAAAGUUUUCAGAGUGACUCAUUGGGUUUCACCAUCACCACGUUCCCUUUGCAAUAACCUAUUGGACUUUGAUAGCUGCUUAGGGCUGGAUGAUUUUUGGAGUGAAAAAAGCAUUUAGAUUUUUGCUAAAAAAAAAAAAUAGGAUCAGCUCAAAAUCUGGUCAUCUCAAGACAAAGAAAAAUGUAGAUAUUAGCAAAACAAUCUGGAGAUCUUCAAAAUAUUGAAACUCUUAUCGUAACAGAAACUCAUCAUCUUAAAGGAAAUUAGCAAUGACAGUCAUGAUGACAGUACAAGCUUCAAGUCUUGUUAUCUGUAUAAAAUUACAGCUCCAUAUUGAGAUUAUGAAAUCAUUAUGAUGACAAAGAUCUUGCUAUCGCAGGAUGAUUGUCUAAAAACAAUUGUUUCUGCAUAAUUUCUAAAUAAAUCAGACUUUUUUUGAGUAGCUAAAUGAAAUGCCCACCAACAUGUGCAUAUUCAUACAGUCCAGUGCCUGUUAUCUGUGACUCUGGGUUAGAUGUGUUUUGAGGCUUUUAAAGGGGCCUAGUCACGUACUACGACUUUACGACUUUCUGCGCCGGCAGCUCACUCCCGUUGCAUAUAAAGGUGCAUAUAAAUUAGCCAGCCCUAUUAUUUCUGUGUUUUACACUUUGUUUUGGCUCCAUUUGCUAGUAAUCUAAGCACUUUCGUGUACAUUUACCCUAACAAGACGCCGUGACCAGAAGUGCCACACAAUGAGUAAACGAGGAGAAGGAAUGGAGCCGAGCGAGUCAGCAGCACCCAGCGGAGGUGCAAAAAGAAGGAAGUAACCCUAACCCUGUAGGUGGGGUUGGUCUUCAGCCACAUCGAGCUGUCACUUUACUGCGAGGCAUCGCAGGACGGUCUACUGGCUCUUACAGCAGCGGCGUCAAUUGUUGCCAUCUUACUUCCUGGCAGUUCCUCGACUCUGCUGGCAGACGGCACAGCAAUGUUUAUAUCUGCGGAUUGCAGACGGUGUAAACUUCUUGAGUCUUUAAAAAAAACACUAAGGAAUCACAAACAGGAUGAACGCUUAUUGUUUUAUUUGAAGGCGAAUAUAUGUUUUUUUUUGUGUGUGUGUGUUUUCUUUUUAUAGUCAAGAUACGCGAGCAGGCCUCUUUAAAGCUUAGAACGCAUCAAUACCGAACCCAAAACAGGCUUGAAAAAAUCGAAUCGCAUCCUAUUAAAGUGUUUGUACUUUCACGUGAAAAAUGGACUGAAAGUCGAAUGAGAAAUUUGAAAAUUUCGAACAAAAAGUGUGUAGGAACCCUGCACUUAAUGCACACCAUGAACAAACGUUAGACGAUGUGUUUGUUGGAAAUGUUAGCUGUGACUCUCCAUUCCUCCGCGAUCUCCCUGCUUUCACUCCACUCUGACCCGGAUUGGUUGCUGGCUUAGCUGAAGGAGGAAGGUUCACAAUAAAGGAGAGAAACUUCACUGUAGAGACCCCCACCCCCCCAAAGCACUUGUUGAUUUUAAGUUUUAGACAAUCCUGGCAUUCGUUAUCAGCUACUCUGUAUAUAAUGUUUGUAGAUAAAAGACAAAAAACAAAAGAAACAAAACAAAAAAAUCCGGAAAAAAAGACCAACAUUUGAUGUUAUUAUAUUGAGGUGACGAGUCGGAAAAGCUGAAGUUUACAAGUCUUCAUUUAGAGUCCAACAAAGGAUUACACAUAGAGAAUAAUAUUAUGUCUAACAGUAGUGUUGAAAUUGCAGUUGUGUACUAGAUACUUUAUAUUAAAUGUGCAUCAGAUUCAUAUAGAGAUGGAGAUUAUUUAAGAAGAGGAUAAAGAUAAUAAUUCAGCUAUUUAUUUCUAUAUAAAAAGAGCGCUGUGUACAGUAUAAUGUUGGCAUGUUUGUGUUCAUGCAUCAAUCAUUGAGUUGCCUUUUUAACUGUUCUGCUACUGUGGCAAAAAAAAAAAAGAACAACUAUUAGAUGUUUAAAGAGCUUUGAUUGCCUGCAGAUUAAUAAUAAUCUUCAUUUGAUCCUGUCUGUUGUUGCACUAUAGAGAAAAAAAAACUAUUUCAGAUGUUUAUUAUAGAGUGUUUUUAAUGUUUUCGGGUAUUUAAAAAAAAAAAAAAAAAAGAUUAUGCACUUUUCUUUCUCGGACACUUUUCCCGGCCUCUCGGCCGUCCGUUUGGACAGAUGUUUCUGGGAUGUCUGUUGCUCGAUUGUUGGGAAAUAACGGUAAUAAAUCGCAUAUAUCUGUAAGAGAACAGGCAACGUCUCCCACACAGGAAACUACUACGCUUUCGAAUACAUUUAAGUGCUUUUUUUAGGUUGCCAGUAUGACCUUAUCUUUGUAUUUUUGCUGCCGUCUUUGUUUGACUUCUGCCCCGUAAAUUUCAUACUCACGACCACGGUGCACUCGCUGAGUUGUGAAGACGGACCCUAAAACUGCAGCGUAAAGGGGCCAGUGACACUGGAAAAACCUGCGUUCUUGACUUCCAUCUUGUUUACAGUCUGGAGCAUCAUCUUUCAACUGUAACAUUUCUUUUUUUUUUUUUUUUUUACUCAAGUGUUACAAGUUUUAUCAUGACGUGCAAUAGAAAACAAACUGUGUGAGUGCUAAUGUAUCUCUGUAUAUAUUUUAUGUAUGAAUGAUUGUACUCUGCCCAUUCAUCUGAAGUGUGUUUUACACAUUACCUCAACAUUUAACGGGGCAAUUAUCAAUGCGUUUUUUUUUUUUGUUUUUUUUUUCUAGUUUGUUUGUUUCUUACUGCCAUCAGCAGGCGACUCACCCAAAUUCCUGUGACAACACGAUUUCUGUUUUGACGAAAAUGACAAACCUUCCCAAAAAGACAGCCUUCGAUGAUGACGGCAAUAGAUGGAUUUUCAUUCAUUUAAUGUCAUCAAUAAAACUGCUUUAAAAUUGUAA